GGGGCAGUGUGUGGGGGGAGAGAGAGAGGACACACAACACAGCUCAGCACUGGUCUGGUUGGGGCAGAACAUAAUGGGCAGCAAACUUUCCUGUAUGCCCAGGAGCUUCAGGAGCUUCAAGGGAACCAGCACAAGGAAAAAAUCCAGCAGACAUGGACGUGAAUUGCGGGCAGAAGAGUUGACGUUUUCCAGAGAGCCGAGCAAGUCGAGGUUUGAUCUGAUUCGAGAUACUCGCAACGUUCAGGUCCAGACAAGUCUACUCAAGGUGAAUCCCAUUCAGGAAGCAAAUCAGCCUAAGACGGAGUCUUUGUUUGACAAUCUUCUUUCCAACCCGUUGGUGGAAUGGCACAGGAGUGGGAUGAGCCGGGAAGAGUUGGGCGAGAUGAUCCAUUGCUCCCAGGUGAAAAUUCACCACCAGCAUUGCCAGGAUUUAAACGACCGCUAUCUGGUGCUCUUCCGAAACCACCUGCUCAUCCUCUCAAAAGAUUCCCAGGUCUUCAUGCACGAGGGCACGCUCCCCUUGGCAGGGAUUACAGCGCAGAUAGGAAGCGGCAGUGAAUCCGAGGACGACCACACGUUUCAGAUUACAGGUCCUCUUCUCCAUCCCAUUAUAGUUCAUUGCUCAGGUGAGAAUGAGGUGCAGGAAUGGCUUUGUUACCUCGAGAAGCCAACAUACCUGAAUCGCAAGAGUGUCAACUCCUCCCAAGCCCGAACGAGCGGCGAGCUCUGUCCGUCGGCCGGCCAAGGGGUUGCUCCCCCGUUGCCCAAAAGGAACAAACGCAUGCGUGAAAUCUUUACCUUUCCCGACGUAACCCCGGAAAAGACGAGUGGAGAAGCAGAGGGCAGCUGGGCCACAGUGGGGGUGAAGGAUCAGACAGGACAGCCUCUGUCUCCUGACUACGUUGAUCCUUACACUCCAACCAAGACAUGGCUCUCAGUGCCAACUGCACCAGGGAGGACGAAUGAAUCCGCAGUGAAGCACAAGUCAUCUCCUUUACCGGAUCAAGACGCCAAAUCCAGACUGUCUGGACGUAAAACCCUCGCCUUGUCCCAGCCGCCAUUCCUGCCAUGUCACGCUUCCCCAGAUCAUUCCAGUUUGUAUAUCGAGGACGCCUACAGCAAUCCCAUGUCGCCAGGAUACGCUGAGCCAUUCGCGCUCUCCAAAACGCAUUCCAUUCCCUCCCCGGGCGUCGAUUUGCUCAGCAAUCGGGGCUCUUCCAUCAAGAAGCGAGGGAACCAAGGGAAUGCGAUCGACAGCAACUCUGCCUCCGUGAGAUCGUUCCCGCAGGUGGAAGAGGAGUUGAGUAAUGACCUGCUCUCUCCAACGUACGCUGAGCCCUACAUCCCCCUGAGGUUACAGCCGGCCCCUCCUGCCAACCCUUUAUGGCUCAGUGAAUCUGCGAUCAAACACCAUUCAUCGCCGUUACCGGAGUCUGACUCCAUCACCGGAGUAUCGAUUCGGAAGGCCCUCGCUUUGUCCCAGCCUCCGGCCAAGUCCUUUAGACCCUUGUCGCCUGUGUACGCUGAACCCUUUAAGGCUCUCAAGUCCCAGCUGGUUCCAGAUGGAUUCGCCGAUCAGCGUGUCGACUCCAAUCAAGAGAGUAACGCGAGCUCCUACAUGGAUGAAAAUGCCUGGCAACAGCCGUUCUCUCCAACAUACGCAGAGCCUUACGUCUCUCUGAGUUUCCACCCAGAACUUCCGCCAAACCUUUCCUGGCUCAAACAAACCACGUCUCUGAAUAUGACGCAAUCAUAGAUCUUCUUGACACCUACAGAUCAGGCAAAGCCGACAGCAUGUACAGCGACAGCAGCAGGUUGUCCUUCACUUCGUCCGAACACGACUAUGUGGGGGUGCAACACCUCCCGGGGGGCUGGGCCGAGGCCAUCGGCGACUCCGACGUGAAGCAGCAAGUGAUUCCUCACCUUUCGCCCGCCUCCCUCAGCCGGCUGUGUCAGCGGGGAGCGAGGGACUCCAGGCUACAGGUCAACAGAUGGUCCUAACUCGGUUCUCAGCAGCAGCUCCUCAAACAGACCAUAACCCCCACCGCCCAGAGCCCUUCUGGUGGGACGUCGGUGUCUUAUUUAUUGGCCCAGGUGAAUGGUGUGUGCAAACGCAGGCGUAUUGCACGUCGUGUGCAAACUUAGGUACCCUUCCCCACCACCUCCCCCACCCAAGCCCACUCCCGCUGUAAAUACAGAUUUUUCUCUCCGGGUUGUGGGUUUGAUUUAUUUCCCCCCCCCCCCCGCAUCCCCUAGUUUAGGCUGCCCCCGUUUGCCUACAAACACGCAGUCACUACACUGAACAGUAAACGUGCCACGAGAUGCCUUGACGACGCAAUAAGGCAUCACGUCAAGUGUUACUGUACUGUACGCUGCGUGCAAAUACAGGGCAUGUCACAGGGUCUGUCUGAAGUCUUGUCUUCGUGGCAAGAUCGGGGGAACGUGCGAUUAUAUUGCACUUUAACACAGGUUAACACUCCAGUCAGAGGGUGUAGAAGGGUGGGUGUUUUAUGCCCCAGUCAUUUUGUGUUGACGUUUAUCUCUUCUCCUGGUUUCUGAGCCACGAUUCUUCCCCAGAUUGUGAAAUCUCGCCUCCAAAGUGCGCAGUCACUACACUUUACAGUGAAAUCCCGUGCGUCAAAUGAGGGCGAAUUCCUGGUUUGGGCAAUACUGGCAAUCCAGAACUCUCCUGGUCUGAGAGCACAGUGCAUCCCAUUCAUUCACCUAUUUUCUUUUCUUUAAAAGUCAUUCUCUCCGACUGAGUUGUCGGCGUUUGGAGUUCCUCUUUAGUUUGUCACUGACUCUCAUUAUUGAUCUUCGAAAUUCACAACUGCAAAAAAAUAUAUUAUUUUUUUUCUUUUGGAAAGGAUUGCAGUCGGCUGGUGAAGGCUCGCCUCAGAGACUUAGGCUUUAACUGCACUGGUUUAACACCUUGUCCCCCUGAUCAGCACAUGUUUUGUCGUACGUUAUGUGGUGCUCAGCACCCCCCCC